AUGAUUGCGAAGGUUCCUGCGUUGGAUCUGGAAGAGCCUGUCGUCCUCCAUGAGGACCUCGCUACGACAUUUACCGGUGUCAUCCAUCCGGUUUCCACUGCUGAGGUGCCCGUACACCAGUAUCGUGGAAUAAAAUACGCCAGCAUCCCUGCGCGCUUCCGUCAGUCGAGGCUGAACACUACAUAUCCUCCCCAGACGGACGCUAGUCACUAUGGACCUAUCUGCCCGCAGUCAAGACAACCCGACGCGGACGCAGAACUGUUUGGCAUUUCUGAGGACAACAUACCUGUCCAGCUUCUAAAACAAAAUGAAUUCGAAUGCUUGAAUCUUAACAUCACUUGUCCCGGUAGUGCGACACCAGAGUCGCGUCUCCCUGUUAUGCUCUGGGUACACGGGGGCGGAAACCGUGGUUCAGGCUCCAAGUGGGUCUAUGACGGUGGCGCCUUCGUACAGAAAAGCAUGCUCAUUGGCAAGCCUGUGAUUAUGAUCACCUUCAACUAUCGCCUUGGUCUCUUGGGCUUCGCCGCGAGCACUGCCCUUCGUGAGGACAACAGGGCUGCAGGGGACGAGGGCGUCGGUAACUACGGUCUUCGCGACCAGCGGCGAGCGCUAGAAUGGGUUUAUCACUUCAUUUCGGCCUUCGGCGGAGACCCUUCGAACAUCGCGCUCUUCGGCGAGUCGACGGGCGCUGCCGAUAUUCUCUGCCACCUUCACUCUGCUUCAAAUGAGAGACAACCCCUUGUCCAGCGCGCCAUCGUCCAGAGCGCUAUCAUGGACCUCGAGAUCCCGACUGUCCAUGCCGCCGGAUGGCAGCUGUCGAGAUAUAUGGCCGCGCUGCAUGUGCAGAGCAUCGACCAGCUCCGCAAGGUAGAUGCGGACAAGCUCGUCAUGCUUGGCGGGAGCGUGCGCGCAGUCAACGAUGGUGUUUUCUUCUACAAACACUUCUCCGGCUCGCUGGCUCCCGAGGCCGAGCAGCCAGUGGAACACAGACACGGCCGCUCGCACCAUCUUGCCCACAAUCACAACCAUACCCACCUUCGCGCCGGCUCGCGGUCUCGCUCGCGUGCGCGACACACGCCCGUGCCGACGCGCCAGCAACCACUGCUCAUCGGCGAUUGCAGCGACGAGGCGCUCCUCUGGGCGCUCCCCGCGUCGAUGUGGUCGGCGACAGCGAUUGAACGCCGCGUACGCGCGAUCUGCCAGUCGCUCACGAAGGCAAAUGCGCUCCUGCGUGCAUACGACAUUUACCCACAUGCACCGCCGGACGAGCUGCAUGCGCGCGUACUCGAACUCAUCAAUGAUGCGCGCUUUGCUUGGCCCGCGGAAUGCGUCGCUGCCCACGCACGACGCGAGCGCGGGGGUAAGGGCGUGUACCGCUACGUGUUCGACCAGGAGGGCCCAGGGCGGGCCGUUCCGCACCAUGCGGUCGAUUUGGUGUAUCUCUUCGACAACGUGCCUUUCCCGACGAACCCGGCGCCGGGGAAGCCCCUCGGUCCUUCGCAGCUCAUGCCGGAGCACUUCGACUCAGACUCGGACGACGGGGACUUUCCGCAGCUUGCGCCCGAGCAUCACGAACACGCACCGGCGACGGGCCUUGUAGGCCUUUCCGCGCUUACGCUCGAUGCCGAGAUGGACAGCGGUGCGUCGGACUCGGACGUGUCGACCGACAGUGGGUUCGUGGACGACUGGGGCGUGCCUAUCGUCGACGACUACGCGUACACGCGGGUGCGGGAUGCGAUACAGGCACGCUGGAUUGCGUUCGCGUAUGGCGAGGCGCCGUGGGCAGAGGACAGAGUGUUCGUGUUUGGGCCUGAGGGUGAGACCGGAGAGCGGUCGAUGAGCAUAUUUGAGGGUCGGCGAAGAGCGAAGGUGUGGAGGGAGGUGUUGGAGCCGUUGGGAAUGGAGGUCGUGCAGAAGGUGGGCACGGAGCUUGCCAAUGGCCCUGCGCUACCGGCGAGGGGGCAUUGGUGA